AUGGGUGGCGUGAUGCUGCUGGCUCUAUACCUGUCUUGUGUGACCCUGCGAGUAGCUUUUGUCUCUGAAGAUGGUGUUUCCAACGCCAGAGGCCGAGUUCUUGGAGGCAGCAGCGCCAUCAAUGCUGGUUUCUACAGCAGAGCCGACCAAGAUUUCUUCAGGGAUUCAGGGAUCAGCUGGGAUCUCAGGGUGGUGGGCACCAAGAUUGGGGGUUCCACUUUUGAUAGCGCUGGGAGGAGACACAGCGCUGCUGAUCUUCUUAGCUAUGCCAAGCCUUCCAACAUCAAGGUGGCUGUGUAUGCCAGUGUGGAGAGGGUUCUUUUCGCUUCUUCAAUGACUACUGUUCCUGCGCCCAUACAAUCAGCAAUUGGGGUCGUUUUCAGAGACCAGACCGGUGGUUUCCACCAUGCAAUGUUGCGUGACAUGGGCGAAGUUUUGCUCUGUGCUGGAGCUAUUGGUAGCCCACAGCUUCUGCUCUUGAGUGGAAUCGGCCCCAGGCCUUAUCUCUCCUCCUGGGGAAUCCCUGUGGUGCACCAUCAGCCUUACGUGGGUCAGUUCCUUUACGAUAAUCCUAGAAAUGCCAUUUCUAUUGUGCCGUCAAUGCCGCUUGAACACUCCUUGAUACAAGUGGUAGGAAUUACCAAUUCAGGAGCGAAGCAGCUCGACUGA